GGUUUGUGUGGUCAUCGUCGUCGACAACGCCAAACGCCCCUUCAAGCACACGAAAUUCAAGAUGGGCCUCCAGGAAUUCCAAGUCGUCGGUCGCCAUCUCCCCACGGAGAACGACCCGACCCCCAAAAUCUACCGCAUGCGCAUCUUCGCUCCCAACGAAGUCGUCGCCAAGUCGCGUUUCUGGUACUUCCUUAGGCAAUUGAAGAAGGUCAAGAAGGCCUCCGGUGAAAUCAUCGGCGUCAACGUUAUUCACGAGAAGCGCCCGCAGAAGGUGAAGAACUUCGGUAUCUGGCUCCGCUACGACUCGCGUUCCGGCACGCACAACAUGUACAAGGAGUUCCGUGAACUCUCGCGUGCCGACGCCGUCAAGAGCCUCUACCAGGAUAUGGCUGCACGGCACCGUGCCCGUUUCCGGUCGAUUCACAUCAUCCGCGUCGUUGAGAUCCAGAAGGCCGACGACGUCCGCAGGCCGUACAUCAAGCAGCUCCUCCAGCCCAACCUCAAGUUCCCCCUCCCUCACCGCGUUACCAAGUCGAAGUCGAAGUUCGUUGCUCAGCGGCCAACGACGUUCUGAUUGGUCUUUGUGGGACUUGUUGGAUGGUUUAUGGUACCAAAAUUAUCACUCGCUUGACCAUGUACUUCACGCGAUUCCAUCGAUGCAUACAUGCAGUAUGAUAUAUGUGCUUAACGCUCAUGACCAGC